AUGAAAGAAAAGAAAAAGAAACAAGGAGAAAUAAAUCGCAAGAAAAAGGUUCCCAAAAGUACUGAUUAUCAUUCAGAUUCUUCAAGCAGUUCAUCACAGUCAGAUAAAUGGGUGGAAAAAGAUACAGGUACAAAAAGAGCAUCAAAUAAUCGUGAAGAUUGGAUGUCAAUGACUGGUAUGUUGAAGACUUACACUAAAGAUGACAUUAAAACUAGCCGUGAAGAAAAGAAUAAAAAGCAUAUUGAUUCCUACAAUCCUUCAACAAGCUCCAGAGAACUCAAUCCUUAUUGGAAAGAUGGUGGCACUGGCCUGCCGGAAUCUUAUAAAACAUAUAAUAAAUUAAAACCAUUUCUUAAACCUUCAGAUGAUGAUGACUAUUAUACAAAAUCAUUAAGUCACGUGGCUACAAAAGAUAUAAAUUCUAAAUAUAAAAACAAUGAUGACAAAAAAAAGAAUAGCGAUGAAUAUAGUUUUAAGAAAUCAUAUAAUUGGCGAAAAGAUGAGAGUAGGAAAGAAGAUAUAAGUGAUGCAGACAGUGUACAUGGUUCAAAAAUAAGUCCCAGUCAGAGUUUUGCAACUCCUCAAAAAGAUAAAACUAGGAAAGAUGUGAUGUAUCUUAGUGAUGAAAAAAUGAAUAAAUUGGCAGCAAAAAUUGUAAAAGCAGAAAUAAUGGGUGAUAUGAAAUUAGUAACUGAGUUAAAGGCUAAGUUAGAAGCUGCAAGGGAGUAUAGAAAACAAAACCCUAAUGCGUGUAAAGUUGAUGUUGAUGAUGGAGUAUUGCUGAUGACUACAACCAGCACAGGAAAUAGCAGGCCUUUGUCAAAAACAGACUCAUUUAUUAUAGCUGACCCAAGAAGCAAAGGUGGUAAAAGAAAAGCAGAAACACAUAAUUCUAAUCAAAGAACUAAGUACUUUGGAAAUGAUGAUAAAUAUAAUCUGUCACAAAUGUUUGAACAAGAGAAGUAUGGCACAAACUAUGAUCAAGAUGCCGAAUUAGCCACAAUUGCAGCUAAACAUAGAAAUCCAAAUGAUGAUCUAGAAGAUAUUUUUGUUGAUGAAAUAUCAAAGAAUAAAAAUGCAGCUAAGGAAAGUGAAAAAGAAAAGCAGCGGGCAAUAAGUCAAAGCAUGAAAUUAGAGAGAUCAUUAGAAGGAUGUGAAUAUUGUAUUGACUCCAAAAACAUGUUAAAACAUUUAAUUGUGAGCCAUGGAAAUAAAGUCUAUAUGGCAUUACCAGCAAGAAAGUCUCUUGUUAAAGGACACUGUAUUAUAACAACUCUUCAACAUUCCACAUGUGUUACUUCUUUAGAUGAAGAUAUUUGGGAAGAAAUAUUGGAUUACCGGAAAAUUAUUACGCAGUUCUUUAAUUCUCAAAAUAAAGAUGUAGUGUUUUUCGAAACUGCUACAAAGUUACACAGAUACCCACACAUGGUAAUAAAUUGUGUACCUUUACCAAGAGAUGUUGGAGAUAUGGCUUCAAUAUAUUUUAAGAAAGCCCUCCUGGAGUGUGAGGCAGAAUGGUCUAUGAAUAAAAAAGUUAUUGAUUUGAAGGGUAAAAAUAUUAGAAAAGGUGUUCCAAAAGGAUUGCCAUACUUUUGGAUUGAUUUUGGGAUGGACCCUGGUUUUGCACAUGUUAUAGAAGAUCAGCAAUUGUUUCCAAAGUCAUUUGCAGAGGAAAUUAUUGGUGGCAUAUUAGAUUUAAAUCACAAUUUAUGGAAGAACCCACAAAGAGAAUACGGGGAUGUGCAGAGAAAGAAAGUUUUAGAAUUUGUGAAAGAAUGGAAACCAUUUGAAACAGCAAUGAAAAAUAAAGUAUGA